AUGAGCGGGAGCGGCGCGACGCCCGGCCCGGGCUCCUCCCCGGCCGCCUGCCGCUUCGCGCACUACUUCGUGCUGUGCGGGAUCGACGCGGACAGCGGGCUGGAGCCCGAUGAGCUGGCGGUUUUGUACCAAUGGCUAGAAGCAGAUCGUCAUGGCAAGAGCCAAGAUGCUGCAAAUACGACUUCAGGUGAAAAUUUUGACCAGAGUCCUUUGAGAAGAACAUUCAAAUCCAAGGUUCUGGCCCACUAUCCUCAGAAUAUAGAAUGGAACCCUUUUGACCAAGAUGCAGUGAAUAUGCUGUGCAUGCCCAAAGGGCUGUCUUUCAGAACACAGACUGACACUAGAGAUCCUCAGUUCCACUCAUUUAUAAUUACCCGGGAAGAUGGUUCUCGUACCUACGGCUUUGUUCUCACUUUCUAUGAAGAAGUUACCAGUAAGCCAAUCUGCACGGCCAUGCAGACGCUCUACCAGAUGCACAAUGCAGAGCAUUCCAGCAGCGUGUACGCUUCUUCCUCCUGCAGCAUGGACUCGCUGGCGAGCAGUAUUGAUGAGGGAGAUACGACUUCCCUUUUGAAACUCCAGCGAUACAACUCCUAUGACAUCAGCAGAGACACCCUGUAUGUUUCAAAAAGUAUAUGUUUGAUCACACCGCUACCUUUCAUGCAGGCCUGCAAGAAAUUCCUUAUCCAGCUUUACAUGGCGGUUACCUCACAGCAGCCACCACCUUUGCCGCUGGAGAGCUACAUCCAUAAUAUUCUCUAUGAGGUACCCCUUCCACCUCCAGGGAGAUCACUGAAAUUUUAUGGUGUCUAUGAACCCGUCAUCUGCCAGAGGCCUGGGCCCAAUGAACUCCCCCUCUCUGAUUACCCUCUUCGAGAGGCCUUUGAGCUGCUGGGAUUGGAGAACCUCGUACAGGUGUUCACCUGUGUUCUUUUAGAGAUGCAGAUCCUUCUCUACUCACAAGAUUAUCAACGCCUGAUGACUGUGGCGGAAGGCAUCACCACACUUUUGUUCCCAUUUCAAUGGCAGCAUGUUUAUGUGCCCAUCCUCCCUGCUUCUCUGCUACAUUUUCUUGAUGCUCCUGUCCCUUAUCUGAUGGGCCUUCAGUCAAAAGAAGGAACUGACCGUUCUAAACUAGAACUUCCUCAAGAGGCCAAUUUGUGUUUUGUGGAUAUUGACAACCAUUUUAUUGAGUUGCCUGAAGAAUUUCCACAGUUCCCCAAUAAAGUUGAUUUUAUCCAGGAACUCUCCGAAGUUCUCUUUCAAUUUGGGAUCCCUCCUGAGGGCAGCCUCCAUUCCAGUGAGAAUGCCACCAAACUGAAGAAUCUGGUUCUCAAAGACUUGGUCAAUGACAAGAAGAACGGCAACGUCUCCGCCAAUAACAUCAGUAUGUAUGAGUUACUGAAGGGCAACGAAACCAUAGCCCGUCUCCAGGCUCUGGCCAAGCGGACAGGUGUGACUGUGGAAAAAAUGGACCUCCCUGCCUCUCUGGGUGAAAAAGAAAAGGAUUUGAAACUUCAGUGUGAAGAGGCAGAACUAAGGGACUACCAGCUCAAUGUCCAGCUCCGAGAGGUCUUCGCUAACCGCUUUACACAGAUGUUUGCAGAUUACGAAGCGUUUGUGAUUCAGACUGCCCAGGACAUGGAAUCCUGGCUGACCAACCGGGAACAGAUGCAGAACUUUGACAAAGCUUCCUUUCUGUCUGACCAGCCUGAGCCAUACCUGCCAUUUCUUUCACGCUUCAUUGAAACACAGAUGUUUGCCACCUUUAUUGAUAAUAAAAUUAUGUCUCAGUGGGAGGAGAAAGAUCCUUUGCUUCGGGUCUUUGACUCUCGGAUUGAGAAGAUAAGACUGUAUAAUGUAAGGGCCCCCACCUUGAGGACUUCUAUAUAUCAGAAAUGCAGCACUUUAAAAGAAGCAGCUCAGUCUAUUGAACAGCGGCUGAUGAAAAUGGAUCACACUGCAAUCCACCCACAUCUACUUGAUAUGAAAAUUGGUCAAGGCAAAUAUGAGCAAGGGUUCUUUCCAAAGUUACAGUCCGAUGUCUUGGCAACAGGACCAUCUAAUAACAAUCGCUGGGUGAGUCGGAGUGCCACCACGCAGCGCAGGAAAGAGCGCCUUCGCCAGCAUUCUGAGCACGUCGGGCUGGACAACGACUUGAGGGAGAAAUAUAUGCAAGAGGCACGAAGUUUAGGAAAAAACCUGAGGCAACCCAAAUUGUCAGACCUCUCUCCUGCUGUGAUUGCACAAACCAACUGGAAAUUUGUAGAAGGCUUAUUAAAAGAAUGUAGAAUGAAGACAAAACGCAUGUUGGUGGAGAAGAUGGGCCACGAAGCCGUGGAACUGGGCCAUGGAGAAGCAAACAUAACUGGCUUGGAGGAGAACACCUUGAUCGCCAGCCUCUGUGACCUGCUGGAAAGGAUAUGGAGCCACGGCUUGCAAGUCAAGCAGGGGAAGUCUGCUUUGUGGUCACAUUUAAUUCAGUUUCAGGACAGAGAAGAGAAACAAGAGCACCUUGCAGAAUCGCCAGUUGCCCUGGGACCAGAAAGAAGAAAAUCUGACUCGGGAGUUAUGUUGCCAACACUCAGGGUCUCCCUUAUCCAAGACAUGAGGCAUAUUCAAAACAUGAGUGAGAUCAAGACUGAUGUUGGACGAGCUCGGGCGUGGAUAAGAUUGUCUCUAGAAAAGAAACUCUUGUCCCAGCAUCUCAAGCAGUUGCUCUCUAACCAACCACUCACCAAAAAGCUUUAUAAGCGUUACGCUUUUCUACGUUGUGAAGAAGAAAGAGAACAGUUUCUUUACCACCUUCUUUCCCUCAAUGCUGUGGACUAUUUCUGCUUCACCAGUGUGUUCACCACUAUCAUGAUUCCAUAUAGGUCAGUCAUCAUCCCCAUCAAAAAGCUGAGCAAUGCAAUCAUUACAUCGAACCCCUGGAUCUGUGUGUCCGGGGAGCUGGGAGACACGGGAGUGAUGCCGAUUCCCAAAAACCUCCUCGAAAUGACUUUUGAGUGCCAGAACUUGGGGAAGCUGACCACUGUUCAGAUUGGUCAUGAUAACUCAGGACUGUUAGCCAAAUGGCUGGUGGACUGUGUCAUGGUCAGAAACGAAAUCACAGGACACACAUACAGGUUCCCAUGUGGUCGAUGGCUGGGGAAGGGCAUUGAUGACGGAAGCCUGGAAAGAAUUCUUAUUGGAGAAUUGAUGGCAUCAGCAGCAGAUGAGGAUCUAGUAAAGCAAUGUCGGACUCCACCCCAGCAGAAAUCACCUACAACAGCUAGGAGACUGAGUAUCACUUCACUAACAGGAAAAAACCCCAAACCCAAUGCUGGACAGAUCCAAGAAGGAAUUGGAGAAGCUGUGAACAACAUUGUGAAACAUUUUCACAAACCUGAAAAAGAGAGAGGGAGCCUCACGGUGCUGCUCUGUGGAGAAAAUGGCCUGGUCGCAGCACUCGAACAAGUUUUCCACCACGGGUUCAAAUCUGCCCGCAUCUUUCACAAGAACGUCUUCAUCUGGGACUUCAUAGAGAGAGCGGUUGCUUAUUUUGAAACCACUGACCAGAUUCUAGACAAUGAAGAUGAUGUCCUUAUUCAGAAAUCAUCCUGCAAAACCUUCUGCCACUAUGUAAAUGCUAUUAAUACUGCACCCAGGAACAUUGGGAAGGACGGCAAAUUCCAGAUUUUAGUUUGCCUUGGAACACGGGAUCGCCUGCUCCCGCAGUGGAUUCCCUUGUUAGCCGAGUGUCCAGCCAUUACCCGAAUGUAUGAGGAGAGCGCCCUCCUGAGGGACCACAUGACCGUCAACUCCCUCAUCCGCAUCCUGCAGACCAUUCAGGACUUCACCAUAGUUUUAGAAGGCUCUCUCAUCAAAGGAGUGGAUGUGUAACCCAACUGGCUGGAAACUCGCGGUCCAAGACCCCUUGCUUCUGAACCUUCCCCAUCUACGGGACCGAUGUGGACUUGUCUGCCAAGGUAGUGAGUCACUAUGGGGGGCGAUACACUGUAUCCCCCAGUUUGAACAAUCAUCACACCACAGACAAGGCAAAAUGCUGUAUUGUAGUUCAUUUGAACCAAGAAUUUAGUAUAAAAUAGAGUAUUUUCAUGUGUUAGAUGUGUGUAAAUAUGCUAUCUUCUUUAAGAAAUUAUAUUACUCUAAUAAGAUACUUUUCUUAGAUUGAAUAUUCCUGUGACUUAAAAUGAGUAGCUUAAAAGCAUUGGGAGUUAGAGGGGAAGAGUGGUGCUAGUCAGGAAGAAGCCAGUGAACAUGUAAAUAUAGUGCAACCCAUUGGGGCUUUUUAUUUUCUCCAGGUAUCACAAAGGAACCCAGAGUGCAUUGUUAUGUCGUAGCCAUCCAUCCAGGUGUCUGAGCCUUUGUAUUGUGAAUGUAAACAGCUUUACCUACUGUACGGGGUCGUCCUCACUUACAGCUUUUAAGUUACAAAUGGUUUCAUACAUAUUAAUUGAGUCACUUUUCCAGCCUUUUGGGAAAUUUUUUUCAUCAGCACUAGAUGAAGAUAUAAUUCAAAUACUUUAAAUACUGAAUCCCAGGAGCUUGGCUGAACUGGAAAGAGAACACACAAAGCCCUGAGAAGUGUGUUAAAUUGUGGGAUUAUAUUCCUUUACACUUUGGAAAGAUUAGCUUAGACUAAUUUCAUUCUUGGCAUUUUUAUUCUUUCUAUUUGAGGUACUUUGGGCAGAUGUGAAUUUCAAAGUGUUCGCCUGAUAGUCCUAACAACUGCAAACAGCAGUUUGAUUCUGUACUUUGUAUUUGGCCAUCUAAACCCGCAGAGGUCCCUUACCUCUUACGGAUAACCAUAAGCUCUGUCUUUGUUUGGUUCCAGUCACCCCCUUCCCUCUCGCCGUGCCCAUCCCCCUCUCAGGAAAUGGACGGAAUGCCUAAGGAGGAGGAGGGCUCUGUGUGGAUUGGAAUGUUUUUGUGAAAGUAUUUGUUGACCAUGAUAAUGCAAAUAACAGAAGGAGAGAGAAAGAAGGAACCCUUUCUGGGUGUUCAGGGCAAGCUUUACGUUCCUGUGUAAGAAGGGGUAAUAAUGUAAAACGACUUGCCCAGAGAAGGGGAAAGCCAGGACAGCACAGCUGGGCAGAGUGGAAGCAAAAGAAGAGGCAACAGUCCUGUGAAACCAAAUGUUGUGAGUAACUUCCCAGUUUGGUCUUUCAUGAGGAAGUUAAAUAAAUGUGGGUGAGCUAGACCUUAAGUCUUCAUCUUAUGGUAGGUCCCGUACCUCUAAUUAGGCAUUUGCACAUUGUUAGCAGUGAAAUUGCCUCAGCAGAGCUCUGGGUUUUAUUCCCACUUGUGGCUGAGAAGCAAAGCCAUGGCCUCUCAGGACCCUUGUGCAAUCUGAGGGUGCUGGGCUUUAGCCAACAGUGUGGUUUCCCUUAUUUCCUAGAGGAAGAAACUAAUGAAACAAGUGCCUCACUCCCUUUGUCAAACACUGAAUUCAACCAAGGCACACCCCCUUUUGAUGUGGGACUUAGUACUUGAGGAAGAAAGUAGGGGUUAAAGUAUUUAGAAACCCAUGGAAAGGGUAUAAGAGGGUGGUUCUGGGCGGCAAGGGGGGGCCAGAGAGUCAUUUGCCUGAGGCUAAAUAAGGUGUGUCUAUAGCGGUGUGGCUCCCACCAGGCGCUUACUGUGUUUCAGUGAUCAGAAAUCAUGGGAUGGUCCAGUCCAAGGUUUUGUUCUUAAACCUUUUCCACGAGGCCAAGCUUCUGACACACUCUGGGCAACCAGAGAGAGGACUUAGGUUAGCACAGAGAACUGAGUCGUCUAGUCCAGCCUUCUCAUGUUAUACAGGGGGACACUUAAGGGUUAACGAGAUGAAAUACUCACUCCCACAGCUGGUCAGUAGCAACACAGGGUCUAGAAUUAAUGUUUUUUAUUUCACCAGACUGCAUGAGACUGACCUCCAAGGUACUCAGUAUUAAUAGUCUUUCUACCCUGGGAUCUUUAUUCAUUCACCUAUACAGAUAGGAAAUAAGGAUUAAUAUUCAUGUAGAAUAAUCAUUUGUAAGGAUUAAUAUUCAUUUAACAUUGUUCUCAAGUUCUUCAGAAUUAACAUCUAUUGUAAAAACUGGGAGAAAAUUGGAUUUGGAGCCUGUGAAUAAAACCAUCGCUUUAGAAGGUAAUACCCAAAACAAGUUAUACCUAAAGUUUCAUCCCACUUUAUGUAGUAUGACUGUAACAGUGAAAUGACCAAUUUCAAAAGAAUCGCACCAGAACUGACACACCCUCUACAAUACCAGGUCCUAUAAAGUUGUCACCUUGGGAGCCCAUAUCCUUAUUCCAGGGAUCCAGCCAGCGCUCCAAACACUGGGGACCCCCUUGUGAGCUGCUCCACAGGCUUACGCCCAUGCUUUUCUAUAUUGCCAGUGAUGGUGAAUCUUGGCCUUUAAGAAGAAAUGUAAUUUUUGGAAACAAUAAAAAGUCCUUAGGUUACACGUUGGCGAGUAAAAAGGAUGCUUAAAAAGAGUUUUGGAUCACAUAAGAAACCCAAUUGUAAAGAAGUGAGACUUAGUUCUUACGUGGCUUAUAACUGCCUCUGAGCCAAUACCAAAAUAUUUUGGGCAGGACAGUAACAGAAUCCUUAGAAUAAGUGUAUAUAGCCUUCCACGCUGACUUGUGGAAGGACCAUACCCAUUUUAGAGGUAUCCUUUCUGCUAUGUUAACUUUUCAAAUUAGUACAUUGCUUUAUAAUCACACCUCAAAGCUAAAGUGAAUAAAAAUCAAAUUUUGUAAUUGGCUUUUUUCCCCCUCAAAUUAAGUUAAAAGUAAUGCCUGGAACCAUAACUAGUAUUUUCACAUAAUAAUGGUUUAAGAAAAAAUUGUUUUAAAAUUAAAUUGCCAAAAAUAUUGCUUCUUGAAACAUGUUUUUUCCAAGUGUUUUUCAAAUAUCCUGAGACUCCUAACCUCAACCUUUGUGACACAGUGGCAUUAUGCCAAUGUCGGUAUUAUAGGAGACCCUACAGCUUUGCCUGGUCGAGGCUCAUUCGUGCCUUAACAUUGACUGAGGCUCAGUGUGGAGUAGCAUCAAGUGAGGUUCCAGCUGGGGGAAACAGACUACCGAGAACAAAAGGAAGGCCUUCCAUCCUACUCCAUCCUCUUUCCCACUGGGGGCAAGAAUUUGGUGUAAGUAACCUAAAAUUUGCAAAAGUCUGAGAUUUCCCUCUAAAAUUUAUUUUAAAUGUUUCACACAUUUUUGUACCUUUUGUAACCCUGUGGUAUUUACUUUAACAUGGCUUCUUGAAAAAUCAUCUUAAUGAACUCUGUCACACUGUGUGCGUGAUAUAGGGGAAACACUGAACUGCUUAUAUUUCCUUUUUUGGCAAUAAAGCACUGUUGUAUGUAAAUAUAAGUGAAAGAGGGGUAGAGACUAUACAGAACAGUUUGUGUGCAGUACAUGUUGACACCUCUAAGAUAUUUUGAAACAUGAGGCAACAGACGAGGACCUCAGAUGCCCAGGGAAAUAUUUAUUUGACACAGUGAGAGUGUAGCUCUUAAUAAUGAAAUUUCUUCUUUCUGCUAAGAAUUACGAUUUUUCAGAAGAUUUUUAUUUUGAGAACUGUGAGUAUUUUCUCUGUGAGGUUUACAGAAACCAGUCUAUCCUUUUCACCAUGUUGAAAGGACAAUCUGAACCUUAGCUAUUUAUAUUUCAG